AUGCCAAUAGAACUGCCAAGAGGACUACCCUUCUCUGUAGACACAUGGAGUCUCAAUUCAAAGAGGAAGAGACAUCAUUUUUUAACCCAUGCUCAUAAAGAUCACACCUCUGGGAUUUUAACGCACUCUUGUUACCCAAUUUACAGUACCCUUCUCACAAAAUCACUUGUUCUUCAGAAUUACCCUCAGCUUGAGGAUUCAUUGUUUGUUGGUAUUGAAGUGGGACAAUCAAUGGUUAUUAACGACCCAGAUGGAGAAUUCAAUGUUACAGCUUUUGGUGCCAAUCACUGUCCUGGAGCGGUGAUGUUCUUGUUUGAAGGCAAUUUUGGUAACAUCCUGCACACAGGAGAUUGCAGGCUCACCCCAGAGUUUGUAAGAUGUUUACCAGAAAAGCAUAUCAGCAAGAAAGGGAAGGAGCCUAGGUGCCAACUUGAUUAUGUUUUCUUAGAUUGCACAUUUGGGAAAUUCACUCAGAAACUUCCUAGUAAGCAUUCAGCCAUCCAACAGGUGCUUAAUUGCAUAUGGAAGCACCCUGCUACAACUGUUGUGUAUCUGACCUGUGAUCUUCUUGGUCAAGAGGACAUUUUGGCUGCUGUGUCUGAAACAUUUGGUUCCAAGAUAUUUGUUGAUAAAGUUGCGAACCCAGAAUGUUUCCGAGCUUUGACACUUACAGUUCCUGAAAUUCUCACUCAAGAUCCAUCUUCCCGUUUCCAUUUGUUUGAUGGAUUUCCCAAGUUAUAUGAACGAGCAGCAACAAAGCUUGCUGAGGCCCAAGGUAAUUUUCAACCUGAACCCUUAAUUAUCCGUCCUUCAGCACAAUGGUAUGCAUGUGAGGAAGGGUAUUCCAAAACUGAAAGUCAAAGAAAACCGAGAUUCAACGAAGCAGUUAGGGAUCAGUAUGGUGUUUGGCAUGUUUGUUAUUCCAUGCAUUCAUCCAGGGGAGAGUUGGAGUGGGCUCUGCAACUUCUUCUUCCUAAAUGGGUCGUGUCAACAACCCCCAGUUGCUUGGCUAUGGAGCUAGAUUAUGUCAAGAAGCACUGUUCUGGCACUAAACUAACUUUAGAUGACCCUAUGUGGAAGCUUUUGGACAUCAAUGUUGAAGCAUCAUUAGAAACAGAAGUAACAGUCAGAGUCAUGGAUGAUCCUUCUGCGGUUCAAGGGCCCAAUCAAAUUUCUGCAGAAUCUCAAUUAUCACCAGUCCCUUCCAGACGACUUUUGAGUUUCUCUUCUCCAAGCAAAAGGCCAGCAGUAACUUUAUUUGGUAGAGCUAGACUUGGCAUCCCAGAUUCUGGUUUCCCCACUGAGGAGAAAACUGAAUCUAUCGAAGAUUUUUCACUUGUAGCAGCUCAUAAAAUAGAUCAAGAAGUCCCAUUUGAAGAGGAUGUUGAAGUGAGAUGUGAGAAUAAAUUGGAGAAUAAGCUGGGUUCUGAAGUGAAAUUUGAAAAUAAAUUGGACACCACAGAUCAAAGUGGGAAGUCGGUCAAGAAAGAAGUUUUUAAUGUUUCUUCUCGUUACCCCAUUGGAUCCUCAACAAAUUUUAGCGAGACCUUGAGAAAGCUGUACAGGUCUAUGAAUGUGCCUGUGCCUCGGCCGCUGCCUUCUCUAGCAGAACUUAUGAAUUCCAAGAAGGGAACCAAGAGGAGAUUCGAGUUUUAA